AUGGCCAGACACACUCGCUCGAGUAGCCGACAAAGCUACCCUCAGCAUCUCCCCGUUGAGCUGGAGCCAUCCCCCUUAUCCCCUAUUUCUCCCAUGUACAACCAGCAGCGCAUGACCCUUCCCCCCGCUGGCUACUACACCAUGCCUCCCACCACUGCUGCUGGCUCGUCCUCCAUGGCUCUUGGACCCCCUCAAGCCCCUGCCAUGCCUGGGCCAUCCUACGAGGAGGUCUACGCUGGCACUGCCGCACCCCCAAUGCCCCUCCCUCAGUCCCACCGCCCCAGCUCUGGUGCUUGGUCGGUGAGUGACGAUCACCAACUCCUGGCCGCCAGGGCCCAGGGCCUGAACUGGGCCCAGAUCAAGGAGCUCUACUUCCCCAAGAAGACUGGCAACGCCUGCCGCAAGCGCCACGAGCGCCUCUCCGAGAGGCGGGACGCCGACGACUGGGACAACAGGAAGUUCCAGCGCAUGGCCAAGGAGUAUCUUGCCAUGCGCAGGGAGAUCUGGGCUCCCCUCGCCGCACGAACCGGCGAGAAAUGGCAAGUUGUCGAGCAAAAGUGCAUGUCCAGCGGCAUCAAGAACCUUCAGAGCGCUGCUCGCGCAGCAACGCGCAAUGAACGUCUAAGCCAGAACCAUCUCGCUUCUGGCCAACCUCUUACAGGGUAUGACGACGACAGCGGCAUUUCCGGAAUCGGCCUGACGCCCAUUGAUCAAAUAGACGCAUCCUAUAAUAGUCCUGAGACCACCUCCCCCUCCUCCGACGACCAGCACUACCACCACCACCAGCGCCAUCAACGCCAGUCCCGCCACCUCCACGCCUCCUCCCACGCCGCCAUGGCUGCCCCGAGCAUGCCCAUGCAAGCCCUCGGUCCCGGUCCCAGCGGUGCCUACCUGGGCCCGUUUGGCCUGGAACCCGGCUACGGUAACAUGGCUCCCAGCCAGCACCGCUACUCGUCCAGUGUCAGCUCAACAGCAAGCGCCGGACAUGGGUACAACGGGAACGGGAGCCAGAGCGAUACCAGCCCGUACAUGGCCAAUCAGCGGUUACCGAGCUCGAACGGCAGAAGACAUCACUAG